AGAAACAUCCACCGCCUGGAAGAUUCGAAUCGAACGUUCAUACACGCAGAGAACACUGCAGCAACCAAUCAGCGGGCAAGGAAAGCGUGGAAUUGAACGUUGAGGCACCUCCGGCUUUCCCCCCUGCCCACUCCGAUCCUCUCCACAUGCUCCUCCCCUGGAUGCUGUUGUUUGUGGUGGUUUAGCUGCCGAGGAUCUACGAGAGGGGAAGGGGAAAUAUCAACAUAGCCUUGUUCCUGCCGACUGAAGCUAGAGAGGCCGAGAGGCGGCUUGGCUCCAACCCGGCGCGGGUUAGCUUAAAGCCUCCGGAACAGAGAAGCCGCCUGGCGUUUCGGGGUGGAAGAGGAGAAGGAGAAGAAGCCUUUGUCGAUUUUUUCCUCCCCCCAAAAUACGAAUCCCCGCCGCCACCACCUUGAGUGCGUUUGGCUCUCCUCCUCCCUUCCGUGUUGUGGUUUCGCUUCUCUCGCCAUGUCGGUGAAUAUGGAGGAGCUUCGGCAUCAAGUCAUGAUUAAUCAGUUCGUGCUGGCUGCGGGCUGUGCGGCGGAUCAAGCGAAGCAGCUACUGCAAGCUGCACAUUGGCAAUUUGAGACGGCUUUGAGUGCAUUUUUUCAAGAAACCAACAUUCCCAACACCCAUCACCAUCAUCAAAUGAUGUGCACACCCAGCAAUACUCCAGCCACGCCACCCAACUUCCCAGACGCUCUAGCAAUGUUCUCCAAGCUGCGGACUUCAGAGAAUCUCCAGAGCAGCAAUAGUCCCAUUACGUCCAUGGCGUGUUCUCCUCCAGGGAGCUUCAGCCCCUUCUGGGCUUCUUCGCCUCCCAACCACCAACCUGCCUGGAUCCCUCCUUCAUCACCAACCAGUCACAACCUCCACCAUCACCUUCACCAUCAGCAGCCCAUGUGGCCUCCUGUGUCUCAGCCAGGGCCCCCCCAGCAGAAAGCCAUGGCGGCAAUGGAUGGCCAGAGAUAAGACUUAACAUUUUUGGAAUGGGAAAGAAGACGGGGCAGGGGGGAAGAGGAUAUGGCAAACCUGAGGGAGGCAUGGGAAAUGGGAGGGGGCUUUUUUUUUUU